AUGACCAAGGGAGACGAUCCCCAACAGGGGAAGGAGGUAGCUCCUCAGUCGGGCAUCGAGCUCACUCCCCAACAAGGGCUCGAGGUGGUACCUGUCGAGGAGGGAAUUGAGGUGACUUCCGGGAAGAGAGAAUUCAAGGACGUCGACAUGGGAGAGUACAAGAGCAAGCAAGACAUUUCACAUGUCGAACAGGUGCUCUCAUGCUCAGACGACCUCGCCAAGGAUAACAUGGACAUCACCCGCGUGGACAAAGAGAUUCAAGCCUACGCUGCCCAUGGACAAGUUGAAAUUGAUGAGGAAACCAACAAGAGGUUGAAAAAGCUGAUUGAUCGUCGUGUCCUGGUUAUCAUGAUCUGCACAUAUUUCUUGCAGGCCCUUGACAAGGGCACAAUGUCCUUUUCCGCGAUCAUGGGCAUUAAAAAAGAUGCAAACUUGGAGGAUGGCCAAAAGUACUCCUGGUUGACCACAUGUAUCUACAUCGCUGUCCUCGUCGUCGAAUACCCGACCAACUGGAUCAUCCAAAGGGUUCCCAUUGGUAAAUAUUUGGGUAUCAACAUUUGUCUUUGGGGCGCAAUUUUGGCCCUCCAUGCAGCCUGCCAUAACUUUGUCGGUCUUGUCACCGUACGAACGCUCCUUGGUAUCUUCGAAGCGUGUUGUCAGCCCACUUUUGUUCUUCUUUCCUCGAUGUGGUAUAAAAGAGAGGAACAGGCAGCUACUGUGACUUACUGGUACAUGAUGAACGGUGCACAACAGAUCGUUGGUGGUUUGCUGGCCUACUGUUUCACUCUCAUUGGAGGUGACAAGGCACUGAAGUCUUGGCAAGCGCUCUUCAUGACAUAUGGGGUGAUUUCUGUCUUCUGGGGUUUAUUCGUGAUUUGGUGGAUGCCAGAUUCUCCAAUGCGUGCUAAGUGCUUCAGCGAGGACGAUAAGCGUUUGAUGGUCGAGCGUCUCCGCUCUAACCAAACCGGUAUCCAAAACCGUCGGUUCCGAUCCUACCAGAUCUGGGAGGCAUUGCGCGACCCUCAGAUGUGGUGCUACUGCGCCGUGCAGAUGUUCACAACUCUCCCCACUAGUGGGCUGGGCGCAUUCUUCGGCAUCAUUAUUUCAAGCUUUGAGUUCACCGUCCUGCAAACCCAGUUGCUUGCUAUGGUUCUGGGCGUUUAUAUCAUUGUGAUUCUGCUUUCGUCCGCAUGGCUUGUCAAGAAUACCGGCCAGAACACACUCAUAAUGUUGUGUUUCAUCAUUCCGUCAUUCAUUGGAACCAUCGUACUCAUAACUGUUGAGAACACCACGUUGUCAACCAAGGUCGGACUUCUCAUCAGUUACUAUAUCACAAUGUCUUUCUGGUCAGCCCAGACUCUUACUUUGUCCAUGGUGUCGCGUAACAUCGCUGGUGCUACGAAGAAGUCCACCGUGGUUGCUGCAACCUUCAUCUCAUGGGCCGCUGGUAACGCCAUCGGCCCACAGGUAUUCCUCGACUGGGAUGCUCCACGCUACCACAUUGCAUGGAGUGUUCACUUGGCUUGUUACGCAUGCAUGGUUGCCGCGGUGGUGUUCCUCCGCUUCCACCUCAAGCGUGAGAAUGCCAAAAAGGACAAGAUUUUGGCGGAAGCAGGACUCUCUGCGGCAGAUCCCAACCUUGUCCAUGCCUUCGAAGAUAAGACGGAUCGGGAGAACCUCAACUUCCGCUACGUAUACUAG